GUUUCUGUGCUAUAAGGCGUUGAGCGCAUUUUCUUCUUAACGUUCCAACGACAUAAAAUAAGCAAUCAAAAUGUUCGCCUGCGCCAAAUUGAUCAGCCCAGUCGCACGAAGUGCCCUCAUCUCCAACUCAAAGGCUUAUGUUAGGCCAUUGAGCUCUGCAAUUAGUCAAAGUCAAUCGUUAUUAGUUCAGAGUCCAGUAGUACAACAGAACCAACAGAAACAGCCAUCAUUAUUAGCUGCAGUUCGUCAAUUCCAAACUUCCCCUGUGUCAAGGGAUAUUGAUUCCGCAGCUAAAUUUAUUGGUGCAGGAGCUGCUACAGUAGGAGUAGCUGGUUCUGGUGCUGGUAUUGGAACAGUAUUCGGUUCCCUCAUCAUCGGUUAUGCCAGGAAUCCAAGUCUUAAACAACAGUUGUUCUCAUAUGCUAUCUUAGGAUUUGCCUUGUCCGAGGCUAUGGGUCUUUUCUGUCUUAUGAUGGCGUUCUUGUUGUUGUUCGCCUUCUAAACACUG